UGAGGAGUCCAACUGAAAUCUUUGUAAGUUGGGGAGUCAAUGUAGAGGUGGGGUACCAAGCAAAAUCAAUCUCACCGUCAGAUUGUCUUCCGCAAAACCUUUUCAAACGACAGCGUUUUACAACUCAAACAAGCCCCUGUACCUCGUCUCAGAGAAUCCAAAACCGCUACCUCACCCCUCUAAAACAGUAUUUUGAAUUUUAAAUUCUUCACCGUCACCAUUCUUCUUUCCUUUAUUUCCCCCACUGCUUGUUCAAUUGCCGCUCUCUCUCUCUCUGUUUCUGUUUCUCUUUAUCCCAAAUUUAGAACAAAAUAAUAAUAAUAAUAAAUGUAAUAAAAAAGAGGGUUUUUGAAAUUCCAUUUUAUUCUAUCAAAAUUCAAAAACCGGUUUAGUUUAAAUUUAGACUUUAGUGAAGUGAAGAAUUUCUUUUAUCUUUUGCUUCAAAGAGUUCAAAAAGAUACCGCUUGUUCUCUUUCACCUGCUUUUCCUUUUUUUUUUUUGUGUGUGUUUUCACUUCAGUUGAAAACUGUUUGACUUCGCUCCAAGAGGCGGGAAAAAUCCUUCAAUAUGGAGCAGUAUGAAAUUCUAGACCAGAUUGGGAAAGGGUCUUUUGGUUCUGCUCUUCUUGUGAGGCAUAAACUUGAAAAGAAGAAGUACGUCCUGAAAAAGAUUCGCCUUGCUCGGCAGACUGAUAGGUCUCGGAGAUCUGCCCAUCAAGAGAUGGAGCUUAUUUCUAAGGUGAAGAAUCCAUUUAUUGUGGAAUACAAAGAUUCUUGGGUAGAGAGAGGUUGCUAUGUUUGCAUAAUUGUAGGAUACUGUGAAGGAGGAGAUAUGGCAGAAGCUAUAAAAAGAGCCAAUGGUGUUCAUUUCUCUGAGGAGAAACUUUGCAAGUGGCUAGUUCAACUCCUAAUGGCACUUGAUUACUUGCAUGCCAACCAUGUUCUUCACCGUGAUGUCAAGUGCUCAAACAUAUUUUUGACAAAAUAUCAAGACAUACGUCUAGGUGAUUUUGGUCUUGCUAAAAUAUUGACUUCUGAUGACCUUGCUUCAUCUGUUGUGGGAACUCCUAGUUAUAUGUGCCCUGAGAUACUUGCCGAUAUACCUUAUGGUUCUAAGUCAGAUAUUUGGUCUUUAGGAUGCUGCCUCUAUGAAAUGACUGCUCACAAACCUGCAUUUAAAGCUUUUGAUAUGCGAGCUCUGAUUAACAAAAUAAAUAGGUCUAUAGUGGCUCCUUUGCCAACCAUGUACUCUGGUGCAUUUCGAUCACUCAUAAAAAGCAUGCUACGGAAGAAUCCAGAACUUAGACCAAGUGCUUCAGAGUUGCUCACUCACCCACAUCUUCAGCCGUAUGCCCUCAAAAUUCAUCAGAAAUUGAAUAGUCCUUGUUGCACCAGUUUCCCGGCUCGAUGGUCUGAUUCCAACUUCAUAAAGAAAACUAGAUUUGUGGAGCAAGAUGUUAUGGUUCCUAGUGACAUAGGGAGAAGACGGUCAUUCAGCAAUGACAGGGCUUUGAACCCCAGUGUAUCUGAAACAGAACAGGACUUCUUCAGCUCUAUUGGGAGAGAGCAAGAAAUUCCAAGUUAUUUGUUUGAAAAAUUCACAGAAUUUUCUGUUGGUAUUGACAAUGAAGAGAUUACAAUUGACAAGUCAAUAGCUACAAAGUUUCCCACCGUUGCUAAGACUCCAAAAUUGACGCCAGCAGUGUCUAUCACUCCAAGGAAACAUACCACACCAGCAAAGAUAUCCGAGACUAGUCAAAAACAUGAUUCGGCUCUAGCAACACAAAAGCCUGCAAGAAAAUCACCCUACUACUCAUCACGCAGAGUAUCUCUUCCGUUGCCAACAAGGACUGCAACCUUGGUGAUCCCCUAUAGAGCCAAUGCCGGUAUGCUUCGCAGCGUGGAUGUUUCCGUUAAUGCCCCACGAAUUGACAAAAUUGCAGAAUUCCCGUUAGCUUCUUCUGAUGAUCCCCUCUUACCCAUCCGUGGAACCUCAUCGACUUCUGCAAAGUGCUCCUCUUCAUCAAUCGACAGUGCUGACUGUUCUAUAACAAAGGACAAGUGUACGGUCCAGAUUCUGGACAAAGUUGUCACGACAUCGAAUGGAAGUGAUCAAAGCCUUGGGGUUGUACGAGGUGGUAGCGAAGGCUCGGAACAUAAUCGUGCUGCUGUAUCCACUCAUUCAUCUUCCGAGUCACGACAGCGGCGGUUCGACACCUCAUCGUACCAGCAGCGAGCAGAGGCAUUAGAAGGGCUGCUCGAGUUCAGUUCACGUCUCUUACAACAACACAGGUAUGACGAGCUUGGGGUGCUGUUGAAGCCAUUUGGACCAGAGAAAGUGUCUCCCAGGGAAACUGCCAUCUGGUUGGCUAAGAGCUUCAAGGAGACCCGAGUCUAAGCUAAAAUACUA